AUGAGUGCCAACGAUAAGGACGUGAAAUGUGCUGUAAUUAAUAAUCAGGUGAUUGAUUGGGACGACAUGAACAGAAUAUGGGGUGACCUAUACCUGGGCGGUCAGCGGCCGGCCUACGAGCCCAAGACACUGAAAGGGGCCGACAUUCGCACCGUAUUAACGGUUAUGGACUCUCCGAUACCGGAACUACUGGAACACGAAGACAUUGUCUAUCACUUCAUACACGCCAUGGAUCACUCAUCGCAGGAUCUGUUGACCCACUUCGGCGAGGCUUACGAUAUCAUCGACGGCGCGGUCACUGCGGGCACCGGUGUAUACGUUCACUGCGCGGCCGGCAUAUCCCGGUCGGCGACAAUUGUCAUCUCAUAUCUGAUGCGAAAGCUCCGGAUGACUGUCACCGCGGCGUUGGCUUUGGUCCGCAAAUGGCGUUGGAUUGUCGGCCCAAACGAUGGUUUUAUGAGACAAUUGGAUUUGUUUGAGGCGAUGGACUGCCGACUGGUGGCCACCGAUCGUCGCCUUCGACAAUAUAUGCUGGAAAUGUAUGUCUCGUUUAAUGGCGUCCAAUUGGAUCAAUACUUUGAGCGCAUGGCAGCCGUCGAGACCGGCACCGAUGGGUUAGAUUUGGGGCACCGGUAUGUGUGCACCGGUUGUGGCGAAGGCCUGUUCAAUGAGAUACAUGUGAUCAGGAAUGACGGCUCGGAUCAAUAUAAUGAUCGGGAGGUUUGCGGCAAAGUAUUUAUAGAGCCUCAGCCCUGGAUGUCGGAGCUGUUGCCAGAGGUGGAGGUCAGGGAUUUGCCUGAAGAAUUGUCCAUUAAAUGCCCUCAAUGUCGGCGAGUGGUGGCCGAGUGCUGUACAAUCUUCUCGCACUCCACACUACGGUUAGCGGCCUUUGACUGCGAUUGUGGCCAACAUAUGGAUGUGAAGGGCCUUAUGGUCCGCAUGACUGACAACGCGUUCAAUAAAUGCUCAAAUGAUUAA